UCGCUGUGUGACAUCACUCCCGUUUGCUUCACUUGAAACCAGAAGCAAGGUUUAGGGUUUGGGGAACUUGUCCAGGAAGCUGCGUCUUCUGAUAAGACAGAUAAAGCGAAUGUAGUUUGAAACAGAUCAGCGUUUAGGGGCUUUAUAUUAGAAAUAGAGGUUAGGUUUGGCGUCCGAUUUGUUCUUCGUCCUCUUUUGGACCCGACUCGGCUUGAAUCGUGGGUGCCCACACACACCCUUACGCCCCGGACAUGGCGGGUCUCCGAGGUCUGAUGAUCUUGCUGGUCCUGAUGGUUGGUUUGGCUCGCUGUCAAGACGACCAACCCGACUCACUUCCAAGCAGUGGCGCAGGUCCUUCUAAACCUGCUACCACCUCACCUCCAAGCACUGGUUCAGGUUCUUCUACACCUGUUGCCACCUUACCUCCAAGCACUGGUUCAGGUCCUUCUAAACCUGCUACCACCUCACCUCCAAGCAUCCAAGCAGCACCAGCUGCUACAACCUCCAAACCUACCACCGCUAUCAAAUCCACACUCAACUCUCAAUCCAACACCUCAAAUCCUCUAAACUCUUCUAAUAAAACAGCUGUCGAUACCUCACAUUCAAGCACCAAAAAUGAUACUUCAACCAACAACCAGUCAUCCAAACAGACAACCACCUCACCUGCAAGCAUCUCAAAUGAGAAUUCAAUCACCAACCAGUCAUCCAAUCAGACAACCACCUCAGCUCCAACCACUCAGCCAAACACAACCUUGGCUGCCACCACAGCUAAACCCAUCACAGAUCGAAAGUGUUCCUACAGUGUUGAGAAGAUCCAGUUUGGUCUAAAGAUAAAGAUGACAGAUUCUACUCCUGGUUACUACACCAUAUAUGUUGCUGAGAAUGAAGGUCCAUUUGAAAGGAAAGAAAAUUUUUCCUUCACCAGUAAAAACUCAACUCAUGACAUCAACCGUCUGAAGCCGUGCACCGAAUAUGAGCUAAAUGUCACAUUUAGUGGCUCCAAUGGUACAGAAAUAUCUUGUAACAAAACUGAAAAUAAAACAACAACAACAACAACUGGAAUGACUAAACAAGACAUUAAACGCAUUCCCUGCUCUCCUGGAUAUUUCUGUUACCAAAGUGGUUGGGACAUCAGCUCUUUACUAUCUGAAAACAACAAGGUUUCAAUUAAAGACUUCAACAAUGGAUCGUAUCGUUUCAAACAUGCUUAUGACGACAUGUGUUCAGAUUUAGUUUUGGAGUUUCCUCCAGAAAGCUGCUCAAAUGUCACCUUUACCAUAUCUGAAAACUUCACUGUUGAUUUUAUUGAUCCAUGGGACAUAAACCAGACUGGACCUACUAAACUUCCUGCAGAGAUAAAACCAGAGUUACCUUCAAGCUGUAAAGAUCUCAGUGUUGAGUAUAAAUGUUCAGAAAUGAACAAUGACACUGUUGACCCGUCUGACAUGAAGCCGUUCACAGACUACAGCUGUACUGGUGACAUCAAGAAGAACAACGUCUCCAUUAAUAAGACGACUAAACCUGUACAGUUCAAAAUAGACUGUGAGUUUAAAACAAACAUUGUGCAGAAUAUUUCAACCAAUUCUUCCAUUGUGCUGAACUGGAACACAACAAGUGAUGAAUGUCAUGGUGUUCUUCACCAACUGGUUGAGCUCUCUUAUCGCUGCAGCUGUCAGGAAGGCUGGAAAUGGAAUCAUGAAGUUGGUGGUCAUGGAGAAGAUGAAGAAAAAAAGAAGAAACGACCCGAUGAAGGAACAUGUAACAUCACCAGUAAAAUUAAGCCAUUCAGGAAUUACACCUGUGUAGUCCUUGGCCAGUAUGGUAAUCGAGAAAAAUUCAGAKGGAACCAAGUUACAGUGGAAACUAAGCCUGGAAUACCGCAACAACCUCAUACCGUCAACGUGAACGUUAAAGACAACAAUAAGAUCACAGUGACAUGUGGAUUAACCAAUGGUUUUAAUGGACCUAAACAAAUAUUUGUUGCACAGCUUCAUGGUCCUGGUGGCUUCAGUCAGGAAAACAAAUCAAAGGAAUGUAACUUUGAAUUCAAAGAUCUGAGCUACUUAACAUCCUACACAGUGGAGGUGUUCACUUUCAACGGACACUUUAACAGCACAUCUGUGAAAAAAACAGCUGACACUCUUUAUAAUGACAAAGCUCUUAUUGGAUUUCUGGUCUUCCUCAUCAUCAUCACCUCUGUGGCUCUUUUUAUGGUCCUCUAUAAGAUCUACGUGUUGAAACACAGAACGUCCCAUGAUCUGACUGAAAACAUGUCGCUAAUUGCACAAGGGAAUGAUGAAGAUAGUUUGAUGACUGUUGAACCGAUUCCAGCAGAACUCCUGCUAGAAACCUAUAAAAGGAAACUAGCAGAUGAAGGGAGGCUUUUCCUGGGAGAAUUUCAGAGCAUUCCCAGAAUCUUCUCAAGAUACACAGUGAAAGAAGCUAAGAAGGCCGUCAACGCCCCCAAGAACCGCUAUGUGGACAUCCUGCCAUAUGAUUACAACCGCGUUCAACUGGCCACAGGAAACGGAGAAGCAGGAUGUGACUAUAUUAACGCCAGCUUCAUUGACGGAUACAAGGAGCCAAAAAAAUACAUUGCAGCUCAAGGACCAAAGGACGAAACUGUGAGUGAUUUCUGGAGGAUGGUCUGGGAGCAGCAGUCCUCCAUUAUUGUCAUGGUGACCCGCUGUGAAGAAGGGAACAGGAUCAAGUGUGCCCAAUACUGGCCUUCUCUUGAUCGAGAGACUGAGAUCUACGAGGAGUUCAUAGUGAAGCUGACCUCAGAGGAACACUGCCCAGAUUACACCAUCCGCCAUCUGAGCCUGACCAACAAGAGAGAGAAGAACCUGGAGAGGGAAGUGACUCACAUCCAGUUCAUGAGCUGGCCCGACCACGGCGUCCCAGGAGAGCCGCACCUCCUCCUGAAGCUGAGGCGGCGCGUCAACGCUUUCAAGAACGUCUUCAGCGGCCCCAUCGUCGUUCACUGCAGUGCUGGAGUCGGCAGAACCGGCACCUACAUCGGCAUCGAUGCCAUGAUGGAGGGUCUGGAAGCCGAGGGCAGGAUGGACAUUUACGGAUACGUUGUCCAACUCCGAAGACAAAGAUGCCUGAUGGUCCAAGUGGAGGCCCAGUACAUCCUGAUCCACCAGGCCUUACUGGAGCACAACCAGUUUGGAGAGACGGAGAUCUCUCUGGCGGAGCUGCACAGCACAGUGAGCACGCUCAAACAGAAAAACUCCGACAGCGAACCCACGCUCAUGGAGGAGGAGUUUGAGCGACUCCCCUCCUUUAAAAACUGGAGGACCUGUAACACAGGGAUCACAGAAGAAAACAAGAAGAAGAAUCGCUCUUCAGCUGUUAUCCCAUAUGACUACAACCGAGUGCUACUGAGGACAGAGGAAGACAACAGUCAGGACAGCGAAGUUGAUGAUGAAGAGCCAGAGGACUCGUCAGAUGAAGAAGACGAAGACUCCAAUAGAUACAUCAAUGCCUCCCACAUUAAUGGUUACUGGGGAUCUCGUUCUCUCAUCACAGCCCAGGAUCCGCUGCCAGACACCUUCAACGACUUCUGGGCGAUGGUUUGCCAGAAGAAAUUAUCCACUAUUGUCAUGCUUUCAGACCACAAAGAGGAUGGUGAACAUCUGUACUGGAAAAAAGAAAAGAAGACGUUUGGAGAUUUUGAGGUAGAAGUUUCAAGUACAGAAAUUACUCCAGUUUUCAUCACCCGCACCAUGCUGGUCCGACAUGUCAAGCGAAAAGACAGUCGGCAGGUGAAACAUUUCCAGUUCCUGAAGUGGGAGGGCACAGAUCUGCCAGACAAACCGCAGGAACUCAUAGAUAUGGCUAAGGAAGUAAAACGCAGCUGCGUCGGCAGCAAAUCCCAGAGGAUGCCGAUUCUCAUCCACUGCAAUGACGGAUCGACACGUUCAGGAAUUUUCUGUGGCCUGUGGAAUCUGCUGGACAGCGCUCAGACUGAGAAGCUGGUUGAUGUUUUCCAAGUGGUCAAAAUUCUACGCAAGGACAGGAAGGGGAUGAUCACCAGCCUGGAGCAGUACCAGUUCCUGUACAAGGCGCUAGAGGGCGCCUUCCCAGUCCAGAACGGGGAAGUGAAACCAGUAAAGAGUACAACCGUCGCCACUGUUGAAAUUGUUAACGAAACCAAAGCCGGAGAAGCAGAAGCAGAAAAGCAGCCAGAAGAGAAGAAGGCUGAGGAGUCAGCCAGCACUACCAGCAGCAACCAGCAGGCGGAGGCAGAGAGCACUCCUCUGGUGGCUGAGAGUGAAAAGGAAAAGAAAGAAGAGGAACCGGCGACGGAGUCCAGCGCCCUCAAAGAGUCCACACCACAGGAGGAAACCAGCAACGGCCCCACAGUCACUGUGGAGGUCUGAGAUGAUGAGGGGACACAUUUAUUCCUAAGCCGCCUUUAAUACUUCAGUUUUAUGCUUUUAUAAUAAAAAAAAAUACAACAAAAAAAAAUACAUUAUGAAUGUAUAAACCGUGUAAAGAUUUAGCUCAGUAUGAGAUGGUGAGUGAAAAUGAGAAAGAAUUAGAUUAAAUAUUGAUGUUUACUUUCAUAUUUUGAACUUCUAUAAGUUAUAAAGUUUCUGAGUUAAAGGUUAUUUUUCCUGCUGGCAAAGGAACUGCUGUUGUCAAACUAUGGAUCAAGAUGAAGUUUAAAUACAUAGAUGAGCAGUUUUUUAAGGUUAAAUUUAGUUCAUAUUUUAGUUUUUUGCUAUUUUCACAUGCCGCAGUCUACAUUUACAUAUUGUACAUCUGCCAUAUCGCAAUAAUUUAGCUGUUAAGUUCAAAUUUCAUUAUUUACUAUUGUAUUUCCUUUCUAAAAUACAAUCAAAAAAUUUUUAUUUAUGCAGACUUGCUUAUUAUUAUAAUGUUAAUGACUUCCAAAACUUAUUUCUCACUUCUUCUCAAAGGGACAUGUUUAAUUAUUUCUCAUCUCUGUGCUAUACUGAAAAAAUUGUUAUAUCCUCUCUGCCAGCAGAAAUAAACAAUAUUUUAUUAAAAUCCUUUGGGUGUCA